CUCGCUCUGUCCAAGCAAGGUACUGAAUCCUUUUCUUUUUGAUCAACUGGACUAGAGUUUGAUAGUAAUAUGGCUGAAAAACGAAAACGCGAAGUCCCUCAGCUGGCACCGGCAGUCGGAAUCGAUUUAGGGACGACGUACUCAUGCGUGGGCGUUUGGCAACACGGUCGCGUUGAAAUCAUAGCGAAUGAUCAGGGUAACAGGACGACGCCGUCUUAUGUUGCUUUCACCAAUACCGGGCGUCUCAUAGGAGAUGCCGCUAAGAACCAGGUUGACACGAACCCCACCAAUACCGUUUUCGGUGCGAAGAGGUUAAUCGGCAGGAAGUACAUUGAUCCAUCUGUACAGAGUGACAUGAAGCACUGGCCUUUCAAGGUCAUUCCUGGUUCUGGCAACAAACCUAUAAUUGUAGUGACCUACAAGGGUGAGGAAAAGCAAUUCGCAACUGAGGAGAUUUCUGCUAUGGUCCUCGCUAAGAUGAAAGAGACUGCGGAGGCCUACCUCGGGUCAACUGUCAAGGAUGCUGUUGUCACGGUCCCUGCCUAUUUUAAUGAUUCACAGCGUCAGGCAACCAAGGAUGCUGGGGUCAUUGCUGGCCUCAAUGUGUUGCGUAUCAUUAAUGAACCAACAGCUGCUUCCAUUGCUUAUGGUCUUGAUACCAAGUCUGAAAGCACUGGCGAAAAGAACGUCUUUAUUUUUGAUCUCGGAGGUGGCACUUUUGAUGUCUCUAUUCUCACCAUUGAAGAGGGCAUUUUUGAAGUGAAAGCUACUGCUGGAGAUACUCAUCUUGGAGGAGAGGACUUCGAUAAUACAAUGGUGAACCACUUCGUCCAAGAGUUUAGGAGAAAGAAUAAUAUGGAUAUUAGUGGAAAUCCUAGAGCUCUCUGGAGAUUGAAGACAGCUUGUGAGAGGGCAAAGAGGAUCCUUUCCUUCAGUACUAAGACAGAAAUCGAGAUUGAUUCCUUGUUUCAAGGUAUUGACUUUUACUCGACUAUUAGUCGGGCCAAAUUUGAGGAGCUGAACAAGGAUUUCUUUACAAAAUGCAUGGAGCUAGUUCAAAAGUGUUUGAACGAUGCCAAGAUGGAUAAGAGCAGCAUCAAUGAUGUUGUCCUUGUGGGUGGCUCAACCAGGAUUCCCAAGGUUCAGCAAUUGUUAGAAGAUUUAUUCCCUCGAAAAGAUCUGUGCAAAAGCAUUAACCCAGAUGAAGCCGUUGCCUAUGGUGCAGCUGUCCAAGCAGCAGUCCUGGCUGGCGGGGGACAUGAGAAGCUUCAGGACUUUGUACUGGUGGACAUUACCCCGUUAUCCCUGAGUAUAGAAGUUGUUGGAGAAAUUGUGGCGGUUGUUGUCCCUAGGAACACCACUAUUCCUACCAAAUUGGAGAAAGUAUUUGAAACAUCAAAAGACAACCAAACUGUUGUUCGUUUUGCAGUUUUCGAGGGUGAGAGUGCAAGUUCAAAGGACAACAACUUGCUGGGCUCAUUUAAUCUCUCGGGAAUUCCUCCAGCCCCUAAGGGAGCUGAAAAGUUCGAUGUUUGCUUUGACAUUGAUGCCAAUGGCAUAUUAAAUGUCUCUGCUGUGCAUAAAACUACCGGCCAGAAGAAUCAUAUUAUUAUCACCAAUGACAGGGGAAGAUUGUCAAAAGAAGAAAUUGAGAAAAUGGUCCUGGAAGCCGAGAAGUACAAGUUUGAGGAUGAGGAGCACAAAAAGAAGGUUCAGGCAAGGAAUGCACUGGAGACCUUUGCCUACAGAAUGAGAAAAACUAUCAAGCUUGAGAACAUAACCGCUAAGCUGCCUCUGGCUGACAGAAAGAAGAUUGAGAAUGCAAUUGACCAGGCCAUUCAAUGGUUGGAUAGUCAGCCGCACGCUGAGGCAGUUGAAUUUGAGGAGAAGAUGGAGGAGCUUGAGCGUAUCUGCAAACCUAUUCCCAAGAUGUACAAGGGUGCUGGUAGACCUGACAUGGCUUGUGCUAUGGACAAUAACACUCCUUCAGCUAGGUCUGGUUCUGGUCGUGCUCCUCCAAAAAUUGAGACAAUUGAUUGAGCAGAACCGGCUGCAGUGACUAAUGGGACUCUGAUUUAGCAUUUUGGUUUUGUCAAAGAGGAAAUCUCUUUCAGCUUUUGGUAGCUUACGUGAUUACUGAUCUAGAUAACAAUCUACAUAUUAUGAAUGGUGCAAAGUACUGAAUGAUAUAACGGUAGCGACUCAUAUCUAACUUUGCUUUUGGCCUUUUA